GAAAUUGGUUUAUUAUUAUUACUAUUACUAUUAUUACUAUUACUAUUAUUAUUAUUAUUAUUAUUUUUUAAAAAAACAAGACACGAAAAAAAAAAAGCUUUUUGAAUAAUUAAAAUUUAAAAAAAAAACCCCCAAAAAAAACUUAUAAUUAAAUGGAGACCUUUUUAUGGUUGUUUCUUCUUUCAAUGACAAUGUUUAUUGGUUCUUUCCUUGCGGGGAGUAUUCCAUUAGCAUUUCACCUUUCUGAAGACAGAUUGCGAACAAUAUCAGCAUUUGGAGUUGGUCUAUUAGUUGGAACAUCUUUAAUUGUAAUUAUACCCGAAGGAAUUGAAACUUUAUAUAGUGUUGAAUCAUCAAAAGUGAUCAAUUCUAAUUCUUUAUUAACAAUUAAUAAUAAUAAUUUUGAUAAACGUAAUAUUUGGAAUAAUAAUAUAAAAUUAAGAAAUGAAUAUUCUUAUAAUAAUAAUAUUAAAAAUUUUUUUCAAAAAAGGUCCAUCAAAGUUGAAGAAGUUUUAAAAGAUAAACGUCAAGAAAUUGAACCUCCUAUCGAUUCUCCGAAAACUGAUAAUCCUUCAGAUAAUCCUUCAGAUAAUGAUUCAGAUCAUGAUCAUGAUCAUGAUCGUGCGAAUCAUCAUUAUAUUGGUUUCGCUUUAAUAUCUGGUUUCGCUAUGAUGUUUGUAAUUGAUCAAAUUGAUUCAUCCCAUGGUCAUAAUCAUACACGUGGUAACGUUGUAAGUUUAACAGAACUUCGUUCUUUGGCCAAUUCCGGUGAUCGUGAUGAUGAAGAUCAUGAAAUGUUAGGUGGUUCCUCUUCAAUACAUAAGAAACCUGCAUCCGCUACGAUUGGACUUGUAAUACAUGCUGCAGCUGAUGGAAUCGCUUUGGGUGCUUCCGCUAGUCAACCUGCUCUUGAAUUAAUAGUUUUUUUAGCUAUUAUGUUACAUAAAGCUCCUGCCGCCUUUGGUCUUUCAACAAUUUUAUUACGUGAAGCAUAUACUCGUCGUCAAAUUCGUAAACAUUUGCUCACCUUCUCUUUAGCCGCUCCUUUAUCUGCAAUAUUCACUUAUUCUUUAUUACAAAGAAGUGGUGAAAUAGAUCCAAUUGGAAUGAAAUGGUGGACUGCUGUAUUAUUACUUUUUUCUGGGGGAACCUUCUUAUAUGUCGCUAUGCAUGUAAUGCAAGAUGUUACAAGUGGCAAUGGUAAAGAUAAUGGUUUUAAUGGUCAUAAUAUUAUUAAGAUGAAGAAAUCACAUGUUGCAUUCAUGCUUUUGGGAAUGUUUAUGCCAUUACUUUUACAAUUUGAACAUGGACAUGGUCAUUGAAAUUAUCUAUUUUUUUUUUUAAUAUAUUUUUUUUUUUAAAAAAAAAACAAUUUUUUUUUUUUUAAAAA